GAUCUCACAAAUUGUUGCCUUCAUGUGGGUCUCACGGAUGUGCGCUCCAUUGGUUGUUAUUACACAUGGACUAAUGGUUCGGUUUGGAGCAAAAUUGAUAGGGCAAUGGUCAAUGAUAUUUGGGUGCAAAAUGGGGCAUACGUUGAUGCAAAUUUUUUACCUUCCGGAUGCCUUUCCGACCACUCCCCUUGCAUUGUUUCUAUUCAUGACCAUGUUGGGAGCGCUAAAACACCUUUCAAGUUUUUUAACAUAUGGACUAAGCAUGAGGACUUCCAUGAUCUUAUUCAAGCUUCUUGGAAUUUUAAUAUGCGGGGGACAAAGCAAUUUAUCCUGUGCAAGAAGUUGAGCAAACUAAAGGAAGCUUUGAAGGAGCUUAAUAUUAAGCAUUUUGGGUGCAUUUCGGAUAGGGUAAACAUGGCAAAAAAUGAAUUGGAAGCUGCCCAAAUUCAACUACAUAAUCAGCCCAUGAAUGAAAAUUUUCAAUUCAUGGUUGCUAAAUUGAGGAAGAAAGCCCUCGGUUUAUGUGAAGCGGAGCAUUGUUUUUAUUAUCAUAAGGCAAAGCGCAUCUUCCUUAAGCAAAGUGAUAAAUAUACAAAGUUCUUUCACUCCGUGGUUAAAAGGAACUCAAUGAGGAAUUUUAUAGCUACUAUUCUUAAGGAGGACGGGAUAUAUACCACUUCACAAGACCAAAUCAAAGAAACUCUUUUUGGGAUUGAAGAUGAUAAAUCUCCCAAUCCGGAUGGGUACACUUCAUGUCUUUUCAAGAGCGCAUGGAGGUGUAUUGAACAUGAUUUUGUGGAGGCUAUCAUGGAAUUCUUUUCAUCGGGUUCCAUCCUUAAACAAAUCAACCAUGCGGUCAUUGCUUUAGUGCAAAAUUCAAGUCAUAAUCCGAGUGUUGGGGAUGACAGACCGAUAUCUUGUUGUAAUGUGAUCUGUAAAGUAAUAACAAAAACCCUUGCAUCUAGAUUGAGGCCUAUCUUGGGGGACAUUGUGGACCAAGCACAAACCGCUUUCAUUGAAGGUAGGAGUAUGAUGCAAAAUAUACAUCUUGCUCAAGAACUUUUGAGACAAUACAAUAGAAAGAGGGUCGCUUCGAGAUGCCUCCUAAAAAUUGAUAUAAGGAAAGCUUAUGACUUGGUAAGUUGGGACUUCCUCAAAAGUGUACUUGAAGGGUUGAAUUUUCCUUUGAGAUUUAUUCAAUGA